GCAUGUACGUCCUCGGUCCUCGUGUUUAUUUCUUCUUAUUUCCACCCCUCGAGCGUAAUAUAAGCCGAUAUACAAGCCCCUACGAGUCCGAAGUCACGUUGCCCAGCGACUUUCUACGAGCUAUAUCGGUGAUAGAUGUCCUUGACGAGUAUAUAUACGAGCUAUAUAACCCUCGACUACUGUAUCGGGUAGUAGAAACUGUUCCAACUUAUUCUCAGAGUUGUUUGCUUUGCGAGAGUAAGACGCAACAAUCAGAAUCAUCGCAAGCAGCGCAGCGCAGAUGUGGAUAUAAUUAUAGUCAAGUUUUUUAUCAACGGAUUUUCAACAUGAACUCCCUGAGAUUGGUGAAUCGGAUCUGCCAGGCUCAACGCGGCAGGUUCAUCGCCACUCAUCCAGCUUUACGAGACUCUAAGUCGACCAGUGCAGUUAAGACAAGUUCAGAAUCUGCGAGUAACGCUACUCAGAAAUCUACGCCGAAAGAAACUCCUAUUGACUCAAAUAUCUUUGGUCCAAGAUGGGUAGUGCCGACGAAACGUGAUAGGAGAAUGCUUGUGUGGUUAAAGUACUACAAAAGCGUUGACGAAGUACCUAACAAAAUGACGUAUGAAAAGUUGGACAAAGCGCAGAACAAAGCCAGAAUAAAAAUUUGCACGUACAUGAUGAUCGCUACAUUCAUUGGUUGCUAUAUCUCUUUGUACUGGGGAAAAAAGAGGGCAGAGCGAGGAGAGUCUGUCGAAAAGUGGAACGAGGAUUGGCACAAUAAAAUAAAUGCCGAAUAUCAAGAAAGUCUAAAGAAGAAGGCGCUUGCAGAAAAUAAGGAAUAACCUGUAUCGAUUAAGUAGAUUAUUCAAUGUUAUUUAUAUCGCCGUGCAACGUGAUUGACGUUUUUUCCCUUCUUUCUAAUGUUGGAGAUUUUUUAUUGGAUAUUAUCAUUAUUUUUUUCUCUGUGAAAUAUCAUACAACUAUAUUUUUCUAUCGCAUUAUUUCACGUGGAAUCCGAAUUUUUUUUUGCAGACUCGGACUAUUUCUGAUUUUACUGGAAAAGGAAAAAGUGUCACGUCAUGUUUAUUGAAUUAUAGCAAGUUAUUUCGAAAUUAAACUGACGAAAAGAUCGUGUUCGUUAUAGUAAAAAUCUGCAUGUGAAAUUAGGGUCUUUGAUUAUUAUAAUUUACAAUUGUUAACCAAGGUUGACAAUUAGCUAUUGCUCACGUUUUAAGAUGAGCGUACAUUAUUUGUGAUGAUUAUAUCGUUUUAAACUCAGCUUCCUAGUACGGUC